AUGGAUGGAGGUGACGGCUUCGAGUAUAAACCCGACUACCAGUACGAUGAGGAGCAAAAUGGCGAGAACGGCGUCGGGGAGGAGGAGCCCAUCUCCCAGGAGGACUACUGGAAGGUGAUCAACUCCUUCUUCGACGAGAAGGGUCUUGUCCGGCAGCAGCUCGAGUCCUUCAACGAGUUCGUCGAGAACACGAUGCAGGAGCUCGUCGAUGAGAAUCAGCGGUUGACGCUGGAUCAGCACACCCAGCACACUGGCGUCAUGGGAGAUGAGACGCGUCGGUACGAGAUCACCUUUGGUCAGAUCUACCUCGCCAAGGUCGCCAUGACGGAGAUGGACGGUCAGACGGUCGGACUGUUCCCGCAAGAGGCCCGCUUGCGUAAUCUCACCUAUGCCGCCCCGCUCUACGUCGACAUGAAGAAGUCGACGUUGUCCGCCGGCGACGUCGACGACCCGAUCGAGGCCGACUGGAAGCCGGCGGUCGACGCUAACGGUGUCAUGCAAGGAGCGGAGGAGGACAAGAUCUGGAUUGGAAAGGUGCCCGUCAUGGUCCGCUCCAACUUCUGUCUUCUUCAUGGCCUGCCGGACGACCACUUCUACGCCCUGAACGAGUGCCCCUACGACCAGGGAGGAUACUUUAUCAUCAACGGUUCCGAGAAGGUGCUCAUCGCCCAGGAGCGCAUGGCAGCCAAUACGGUGUACGUCUUCAAGAAGGCGGACCCGUCACCCGUCAUCUAUCUCUCCGAGGUCACGUCGCAGAUGGAGAAGGGAGGCAAGACGCCCUCGAAGACGGUCGUCAAGAUGUACCUGCGUGCCCAGGACAAGGCGACGACGGGAUCGGUCAUCCGUGUUCAGCUCCCCUACACCAAGACCGACAUUCCCAUUGUCAUCGUUUUCCGUGCGCUCGGUAUUGUUCCCGACCGCGACGUGCUGUCGCACAUCUGUUUCAACCCGAACGACACGGCCAUGCUUGAGAUGCUCCGACCAUGUAUCGAGGAGGCGUUCUCGAUCCAAGACCGCGACACUGCGCUCGACUUCAUCGGUCGUCGUGGACAGCAGGAGAAGGGAACGAGGGCGUCCAGGAAGGCGUUCUUCCUCGGAUACAUGAUUCACCGACUGUGUUCCGCUGCUCUGGGACGAAGAGAGCUCGACGACCGUGACCACUUUGGAAAGAAGCGUCUCGACCUCGCCGGCCCGCUGCUCGCCAACCUGUUCCGCAUUUUGUUCAAGAAGCUUACGAGGGAUGUGUACCGUCACCUGCAGAAGUGUGUUGAGACGCACAAGGAGUUUACGCUGGUCAACGCCAUCAAGCCCGGAAUCAUCACGAACGGUCUCAAGUACUCGCUCGCGACGGGUAACUGGGGUGACCAGGCCAAGGCCAUGCAGGCGCGUGCUGGUGUGUCGCAGGUGCUUAACCGCUACACCUUCGCAUCCACCCUCUCCCAUCUUCGACGAACAAACACCCCGAUCGGUCGUGACGGAAAGAUCGCCAAGCCGCGACAGCUGCACAACACGCACUGGGGUCUUAUCUGUCCCGCCGAGACGCCCGAAGGACAGGCGUGUGGUCUCGUCAAGAACCUGGCGCUCAUGUCUUACAUCUCCGUCGGAUCGUACUCGGCGCCCGUCAUGGAGUUCCUCGAGGAGUGGGGUCUGGAGCCGCAAGACGAGUACGGCAGCGCGCCGAACGCGACCAAGGUGUUCGUGAACGGUGUCUGGAUGGGUAUCCACCGUGAUGCCGUCAAGCUGCACGAGAACCUCCUGGAGAUGCGUCGUGGAGGACAGCUAAAGCACGAGGUGUCGAUUGUGCGCGACAUUCGUGAGCGAGAACUCCGCUUGUACACCGACGCUGGUCGUGUCUGUCGCCCGCUGUUCAUUGUCGACCGGCCAACGCAGACGCUGCGCCUCAAGCGUGAGCACAUUGACCGCCUCGAGAACAUUGCCGACGGUCUGGAGGAGGCUGUGGACGGAUCCGCCUGGGACGAGCUGCUCUACCAGGGUGUGAUCGAGUACGUCGAUGCCGAGGAGGAGGAGACGAUCCUGAUUGCGAUGACGUCGGAGGACCUGGAGAACGCGCGCAUGUACGAGUCGCCGCAAGAAGUUGCGCGUGCCCAGGCCGCGCACACGCUUGAGGCGUUCGACCCGACGGCGCGUGUCAAGAGUUCCAGCUGGUCGCAGAACUACACGCAUAUGGAGAUUCACCCAAGUAUGAUUCUCGGUGUCUGUGCCUCGAUCGUUCCGUUCCCCGACCACAACCAGUCGCCGCGUAACACCUACCAGUCGGCGAUGGGUAAGCAAGCCAUGGGCAUUCACCUCACGAACUACCAGCUGCGAAUGGACACGAUGGCGAACAUCCUCUACUACCCGCAGUCUCCUCUCGCGACUACGCAGUCGAUGAAGUACCUCAAGUUCAGCGACCUGCCUGCCGGACAGAAUGCCAUUGUCGCUAUUCUGUGUUACUCGGGUUACAACCAGGAAGACUCGGUUAUUAUGAACCAGUCCUCAAUUGACCGAGGUCUCUUCCGCUCGCUCUACUACCGUGCCUACACCGACACGGAGAAGAUGGUCGGUAUGCAGAAGGUCGAGUCGUUCGAGAAGCCGGACCGCAACGAGACGCUGCGCAUGAAGCACGGCUCGAGCGACCGCUACGCCAAGCUCGACAAUGACGGUCUCAUCACCCCCGCGACCAACGUCAACGGUGACGACAUUAUCAUUGGAAAGACGGCGCCCAUCCCCCCUGACAGCGAGGAGCUGGGUCAGCGAUCAGCGACCCACACCAAGCGUGACGUCUCGACGCCGAUGAAGAGCACCGAGCAGGGUGUCGUCGAUCAGGUCAUGAUCACCACAAACGCUGACGGCCUCAAGUUCGUCAAGAUCCGUAUCCGCUCGACGCGUGUGCCGCAGAUUGGUGACAAGUUUGCGUCUCGUCACGGUCAGAAGGGUACGAUCGGUAUCACGUACCGCCAGGAGGACAUGCCGUUCACGGCCGAGGGCAUCACGCCCGACAUUAUUAUCAACCCGCACGCCAUUCCGUCGCGUAUGACAAUCGGACACUUGGUCGAGUGUCUGCUGUCCAAGCUCGCGACGCUGACGGGUCGCGAGGGUGACGCCACGCCGUUCACGGAGCUGACUGUCGAGUCCGUGUCCAAGCUCCUGCGCCAGCGAGGCUACCAGUCGCGCGGUCUCGAGGUCAUGUACCAUGGACACACGGGCAAGAAGCUCCGUGCCCAGGUCUACUUUGGCCCCACGUACUACCAGCGUCUCAAGCAUAUGGUCGACGACAAGAUUCACGCCCGUGCCCGUGGACCGCUGCAGAUUCUGACGCGUCAGCCCGUCGAGGGUCGUUCGCGUGACGGUGGUCUCCGUUUCGGUGAGAUGGAGCGCGAUUGUCUUCAUGGCGACACGCGCGUUACGCUGGCAUCGGGCGUCUCGAUGCGUAUCAAGGACCUGGCGAGCUUGCCGGAGGUGCUGUCGCACAAGGUUUCGACCACCACCGACCGAGAGUCUUACGUCCCUGUGCAACCGACUGCGCAUCUCCCGCGUCCCGAGCUCAAGGAGUGCAUCCGUCUGCUCUUCAGCGAUGCGUCAAGCAUCGUGUGCACACCUGAGCACCAGAUCAUGACUGGCGACGGGCAGUGGAUGGCAGCGAAGGAUCUUGUGCCUGGGAAGACCAAGGUCAAGAGGGGCCCUGACGCACCGCUCUACCUGCCCGAGGACGACAGCCCGGCGCAUGUGGCUGCCUUCAAGCUGUCGCUUCCAAGCGUCAACCGCACCCUUGAGAUGGACUCGACCGAGAAUAUUGCCGCCGUGCAUGCCUUCGCGCGCAUCCUCGGCUACUUCUUGGCUAAGGGCUCCAUGAGCUUCAACGAGGAGGAAAACCGUUACUCUGGCUCUAUCAUGUUCAACCACAUCGUGGACGCUGAACAGGGUGUUGCUGAUUUGGAAGCUGCGAUCGGCUACAAGUGCAAGAUCCGACCGCCGUCUGCAGACUAUGACUGCUAUCUGGUCGAUCUUCCUACGGAUCUCCUUCGCGAUUACCACAUGGUCGUCGGCUUGGAGCCUGGGGAGCGCGUCUGCCAGCCCGCGUCGUGGCCCUCCUUCAUCAUGGACUCCAACUGCCCAGUCUCCGUGCUCCGUGAAUUCCUCGGUGGCCUCUUCGGCGGCGACGGCAUUGCGCCGCUCCCUCGCGAUGAUUCCUGGCAUUCCGUUGCCUUCACGUCUAGCAAGGUCGACGCCCAUCGCGAGUCGCUUAUCCAGAGCUUCGACGAUCUGGCCAUGCUUCUCGCUCGUUGCGGCGUUUCUGGUGCAGUCCGCCAGAAACUUACAGAUUGCACCAACAAGGGUGUGCUUGUUCUUGAUGGCCUUUUGACCAUUCCUAUGACGCAGAUCUGCGCCUUUGCUGAGAAGAUUGGAUUCCGUCUCUGCUGUGACAAGCAGCAGCGGAUCUCUGUCGCCGCCAGCUACUACCGUUCGCGCGAGUACAGCUUGGAGCAGCGCCGCCGCUACAUCCAGCGCGUCGAAACCCUCACGGGCUACAAGUCUGCGACCGAGGCGGAAGGCAAGAAGGGUGGCAAACUGAAGAUGACUGUGGACCAGGCUGUUGCCGCCGUUUCCAAGGAGUUCAAGGACGAACUGUUCAUUGAUCGCUUACUCGCCACCCCGUCCUGCCAAGCCGUGGAGGAUGCCUUCAAGGGUGUGUCAAACCCGGACGAGGCGGGUAAGGAGUUUGAGACGGACGUUCCGAAGUGGCUGAAGGACCACGGCGCGGAGGGCUUCUUCCAGUCCUCGACCGACUCCGCGUACUCUGCGUCCCGCGAUCUCAAUGGCUUCCCCGUGUGGAAUGCGACUUUUAUGGGCAGCGAGGAUGCGGGCUCUCACCUCACGUACGACAUCUCUGUCCCGGGAUCCAACAGCUUCCUCGCCAACUCCAUCCAAGUGCACAACUGUAUGAUCUCUCACGGUAUCGCCGGUUUCCUCAAGGAGAGGAUGUACGAGUCGUCUGACGCGUUCCGACUGCACGUCUGCGACCAGUGCGGUCUCAUGGCUGUGGCCAACCUGAAGAAGCAAGAGUUCCACUGCUCGGUGUGCCGUAACAGCACGCAGAUCAGUCAAAUCUACAUUCCCUACGCUGCCAAGCUUCUUUUCCAGGAGCUCCAGGCGAUGAACGUGACCGUGCGCAUGUACUCGGACGAGGACGACGCGUAA